AAACCAACCCUUCACUUUUUUCCUUUAUUUUGAGGUGUCAAAACCAAAUAUUGUUGAGGUGAACAUUGUGAAGAAAAAUGAAAAAACAGGCGAUAUUUCCAUGGGGAAUGAUAUUUUGCCUCGCCAUUGCCCCAGUCUAUGGCCAAUACUACGAAAAUGUAAAGCCACGUGCUAUGGUGGAAAAGGUGACCCGACUCCACUUUUACUACCACGAUAUUCCCGUUGGAAAUAAUCCUACUACAGUCUUGAUAGCUCACGCUAACAUCACCGAUAAUUUCUUUUCCCCGUCCCCAUUUGGAAGCUUGUAUGCAAUGAAUGAUCCCCUCACUGUAGGGCCAGAUCUAACAUCCACGGUCAUUGGAAACGCCCAAGGGAUGUACAUAGCAUUAAGUCACGACCCUGCCAAGUUCACUGCAGUUUUUUAUGCUGAUUUUGGAUUUACCACUGGCAGGUUCAAUGGGAGCUCCUUCAGUUUGUUCUCACGAUAUCCCCCCACAGAUUAUGUUCCUAGCCCCGACACCAUUCGUGAAAUGGCAAUAGUGGGAGGGAGAGGUGCGUUUAGGAUGGCUAAAGGGUUUGCUUUAUUGCGGGCCACUUCUUCGAAUGCCACGACCGGGAAUGCUAGUCUCGAGUUCAAUGUUACUUUGUAUCAUUACUAAACCCAAUCGCAGAAUACUGAAAUCCAAUAAUAAAAGUAAUAAAGGAGUAUAUUCUUAAUCUGUGAAAGAA